AUGCGACACCUCCAAUACCAGCACCUGGAGUGCUCGCUUCAACGCGAUCCAAAAGGGGGACCGCCCCGAAUUGUACUUGAAAUUACAUACGAGUUUGCUAAAUCGUACUUCGGUGUCACGCAGGGGAACACCUUUAUCAUCCCAGAAACUCUUUACGAUCCGUCACUUAUCUUGAGGCCGCAUGAAUUCUUGCUCGGCAUUUUGUUCGAUGACGACGCUUUUCACGCUCCGGGAAUAAAGUCCAUGGAGGACCUGAGGCGUCUCUGGCCAGAGAAUGGCCGACAGCAUACGGAACGUCGUCGGAUUAUCCGUGACCAGCCGAUCUCGAGUGCGAUCUUAAGCAAGCAAUACAAAACCUUUGGGGAAAUUACAGGGUUCCCGAAUCUUUAUACACAUUCGAACCGAUAUGGCGGCGGAACAAUCCUUAACCAAAGCAGCGUCGUGAGCGAUGCCCAGCAGAAUCUCAUUAUGAAACAUGCCAACAUCCGAACCUUCUUAAAGCAUUACCUCCCUCUUCGUAUCGGCACAGACAUUCAGGCUUUGAUGAGAGGCCUCGAGCCAGACUCAGCAAUGAUGCGAGCAGUCACCCGUAUGGGAAGAUGGAUAGACACUCGACGGCCUCGCGAGCUUACAGAUCAUCAGAAAGCAAGCGUUGAAGAGAUAGCGGAGUUACAGGAUGCUAUCCGCAAACGUGAUAUGUUCUCUUGCAAACUUCAGCAGACUUAUAAAAGGAGACGCAAAGACAAAGCUAAACUUGAGAAACUGAAGAGAAAUGUCAUCAAUACGCGAAACAGAUUGCUUUACGAUCCUCGCAAGCGUGUGAGAGAAGGGUUCGAUAGCAGUCAAGCAGUCAAAGAUAUCGAGCGACAACUUGCCAAAGGCGCUGUGGCUUAUGAUGAUCAAACCAAAGAGAUGCUGCGGGUUAGGGAGAAUAUGCUGCCCGCAGCAGAUCUUUCCCUUAGAAAAGUUGAUGACAUGGCCGACUUCUGGCUCUCUGGGAGCAGAGUGGAAGCGAAGAAAUGA